AUGCCCUCACUCUCCUCGCUUCCCCCGUCUGAGCGCGCUGCCUUCGCUACCACUGCGCGUCUCUUCUCCUGCCUCGUCACCGAGUCCCUCGUUCGCGCCCUCUACUUCCCUCUCGCUGGCUUCGAGGCGACCGGCAUCACCAUCAUUCUCUCCGGUAACACUUCCGCAAAGUCUCCCAAGGAAUGUCCGGUGUAUGCGUCAGAUGACGUGCUCGCCGUGAUUCCGCUGCGACACGCCCCCAUGUUCAAGCAUGACUCCUCUGACCCUCGAGCGCGCGAGAUCGGAUUGUUAGAUCCCCUCGACAUGCUACCGUUGGUCUUCGAAAUUUCCGGGUCCAAUAAUGGGACGCUCGAUCCUGAGCACGCAGAUCUAUCAACUGCGAUAUUGCGCAAGCUUUCCGGACCUGGAUGGAAGCUCUCAGACGCAACGAGGCUUGUCGUGUCUACGAGUCCGGUCUCACUGUGGGACAAAUUCGCUCUCAACAUCGACCUUGAGGCCGAUCUACGCGUCGACAUCGCCGAGGAGCUCGCCAACUCUGUCGUAUGGCAGACUUACUCCUACGAGCACCCUCCUCGGGCUCCGUCCCUCGAUUCCCAGAGCAUCGAUUGGGAACAAUCCAUCGUCGAAGGUCACCCUACGCACCCCAUGCACAAAACACGGGCUUUCUUACCUCCCAUCACGCCGAUCACGCCUGGGAGCUACGACCUGUACACUCCGCGUGUUCGGCUCAUUGCCCUUCCUCGAACGAGCCUGGAUAUCACCGGCGACUUCGAGAAAUACACGCAAGACAUACUCGACGGCGCUGCAAGGAACGCGCAAAAGCCGCUUGAGGUACCCGAGGGAUUUGUCGUCGUGCCCGUCCAUGAGCUGCAGGUGCAUCACAUCCAGGACAAAUUUCAGGAAGCCAAAAUAUUUCCCGAGGAGUUCAGCGUAGCUGCACGCGCACAACAGAGCAUACGGUCUAUGAUCCUACCGGGAACACUCACGGAUACGUCGCUCAAGCUUGGCGUCGGGAUCAAACUGACGUCCGCCAUCCGCACGAUCUCCCCAGCCUCCGCAUACCUCGGCCCUCGCUUCUCCUCGCAAGUCGUCCCGGUGCUGAAGAUUGAUCGAAGUAUUUUGACAGUCGCGCGAGAGCUCGCGAGCGUCGUGCAUACUCAUCCUAACGGGGAGAUCGCGAAGCACUGCGCUACGAUCGUGCGCGAGUGCCACGAAUAUGUGAGCGAAGAGCGCGGUGACGAGCGUCUCAUCGUCUGCACGGCACUCGUCGAGAGCGGCCACGCGGACGCGCCCUACGGCGUCCCAAGCGUCGUCCGCGUCUUCAAACUGGACACCGAAGCGAAGCGCAUCGCUUGGCUCGACGAGUACGUCACACCUCCUCCCACCUUCUUCCCCACUCUUGGCGCUCCUCCCUCCACCCCAGUUUCCCAGUUCGUGCGCGUCUUCUUCGCGGCCUUCCUCCCACCCAUGCUCGAAAACGGUGUUGGAUUCGAGGCGCAUCCCCAGAAUACGCUCGCGCGCUACACGUUGACGGAACCACCUCGCUUGACGGGGUUCGUGAUCCGUGACUUUGGCGGCCUGCGUGUGCACCCGCCGACUCUGCUCGCGUCCACGGGGGUCUCGCCUGACAUCGCGUCCGGGCACUCGAUCAUCGCGGACUCGCUUGACGAUGUGUACGCGCGCAUGUAUCACACCGUCGUGCACAACCACUUCCAGCAGCUCGUACGUGUACUUGGACUGCAUUACAACGGUAAGGGAUGGGCCGUGGUUAGGGAGCGCUUGAGAGAGGCUGUGCCCAUUGGCCAUCCGUUUGAAAAGGCGUGGUUGGACAAGGACGCGAAGACGGUACCCGGAAAGUGCUUCAUGAGGAUGAGAAUGGUUGGGAUGUACAGACACCAUCUCCACUACCCCUUUCCUAACCUUCUUCACUAUACAAGCGCGGAGGAAGAGGCGUCGGCGUAACUUGUGAGGAGAAUUGGAGUAACUUCAAUCGUGACGAAAGAGAAUUUCAUCCACUCAGCUUACGACAGGAUUCGUCCUCUUUGUAAUCGGAUACAGUAGUAUGCUUGGCAUAAGGAUUCUACUGUGUGUAGGUAGUUUGAACAACGGAUAGGCUUCCUGAG